CAGCUCUUCCCCGGGCUUCGAUCUUUCUGCCAGUGAGUACGUUAGAAAAUAUGGGCCCUUUCUGGGAGUGUCCGACCUCUGUGUCACUAUACGAGUAUCCACAAAAACAGGUUACGGAACCGUGAGUAAUGCCAUUAUAUUAAUAUGAGGACGUCAAAUAGGUCCACCCUUGCGUUGAGCUGUCUUGCCAUAAAGCGUUGUUCUUCCAAGAGAUAUAAGAGAGUUCCUCGCUCUGGAACAAAGCGAUUGUGAAUUUGCACUAGCGUCGCCGAUUGGAUACAAGUGUCACCGAAGAGCGAGGCGCGAGCCAGCCUUGGGUAGCCUUCAACUAUUUGGGUCCAUUCCAUCAUGGAUCAGCCUGAACCCUACGUGACGUACGUGGACAACAAUGACCUUGAAGCAUCACAGAGGGUCUUUGUGAACAGAAGUCUAGCCAUGGAAAAGAUCAAGUGCUUUGGAUUCGAUAUGGAUUAUACACUCGCUGUUUACAAAUCUCCGGAGUAUGAAUCGCUUGGCUUUGACCUGACCGUCGAAAGGCUGGUGUCCAUCGGGUACCCUCAGGAGCUGCUCAGUUUCGUCUACGAUCCCACGUUCCCCACCAGGGGUCUUGUUUUUGACACUACCUACGGGAACCUCCUAAAAGUCGAUGCCUACGGCAAUAUCCUCGUCUGUGCGCAUGGAUUUAACUUCAUGAGAGGGCCAGACAUAAGAGAACAAUACCCAAAUAAAUUCAUCCAGCGAGACGACACAGACCGGUUCUACAUCCUCAACACCCUGUUCAACCUACCAGAGACCUACCUGCUGGCGUGUCUGGUAGAUUUCUUCACAAACUGUGACCGAUACACAAGCUGUGAAAAGGGAUUUAAAGAUGGCGACCUCUUUAUGUCUUUUCGGAGCAUGUUCCAGGAUGUCCGAGAUGCUGUUGACUGGGUCCACUACAAGGGAUCACUGAAAGAAAAAACAUUAGAGAACCUGCCGAAGUAUGUUGUUAAAGAUCAUAAGCUGCCUCUGCUGUUGAGUCGAAUGUGCGAAGUCGGGAAGGUUUUCCUCGUCACGAACAGCGACUAUAAAUACACCGAUAAAAUUAUGACGUACCUCUUUGACUUUGCACACGGACCAAAGCCUGGCAGCACACACCGGCCUUGGCAGUCCUAUUUUGAUUUGAUUUUAGUCGAUGCUCGUAAACCACUAUUUUUUGGAGAAGGAACAGUACUGCGACAAGUGGAUACUAAUACGGGGAAACUGAAGAUCGGGACGUACACCGGCCCCUUACAGCACGGAAUUGUCUAUUCUGGCGGUUCGUCGGACAUUAUGUGUGAUCUGCUUGGAGCAAAAGGCAAAGACAUCCUGUAUAUCGGCGAUCACAUCUUUGGAGACAUUCUGAAGUCCAAGAAGCGUCAGGGAUGGAGAACAUUCUUGGUGAUCCCGGAGCUAGCGCAAGAGCUUCACGUCUGGACUGACAAAAGCUCCCUGUUCGAGGAGCUCCAGAGCCUGGAUAUCUUCCUGUCAGAACUCUACAAACAUCUGGACAGUAGCAGCAACGAACGGCCUGAUAUAAGUUCUAUCCAGAGGCGCAUUAAGAAAGUCACCCAUGACAUGGAUAUGUGCUAUGGGAUGAUGGGAAGCCUCUUCCGCAGCGGGUCUCGCCAGACUCUGUUCGCCAGUCAGGUGAUGCGUUACGCCGACCUCUAUGCCGCUUCUUUCAUAAACCUCCUGUAUUACCCGUUCAGCUACCUGUUCAGAGCUGCGCAUGUACUGAUGCCUCAUGAAUCCACCGUGGAGCACAUCCACGUAGACAUUAACGAAACCGAAUCGCCGAUGGCCACUCGCAACCGCAGCUCCCUCGAUUUCAAGGAUUCCGAUUUCAAACAACGACACCACCUGACUCGCUCGAUCAGCGAGAUCAAACCACCCAACCUUUUCCCUCAGGCCCCGCAAGAAAUUACACAUUGCCACGACGAAGACGAUGACGAGGAAGAAGAGGAAGAAGAGGAGGAGGAAGAAUAAAAUGGUUAAAAAGAAAA